GACAGUGGCCUUCACCAUGGGCAACAAGCAGACAGUGUUCACACAUGAGCAGCUAGAAGAGUAUCAGGACUGCACCUUCUUCACGAGGAAGGAAAUCAUGAGGCUCUUCUAUCGCUACCAGGACCUGGCCCCCCAGCUUGUUCCUCUUGACUAUACCAGCUGCCCUGAUGUGAAGGUGCCCUAUGAGCUCAUUGGCAGCAUGCCUGAGCUGAAGGACAACCCGUUCCGUGAGAGGAUUGCCCAGGUCUUCUCUGAGGAUGGAGAUGGACACAUGACCUUGGACAACUUCCUGGACAUGUUUUCCGUGAUGAGUGAAAUGGCUCCCCGGGACCUCAAAGCCUACUAUGCUUUUAAAAUUUAUGACUUUAACAACGAUGACUACAUCUGUGCGUGGGACUUGGAGCAGACCGUGACCAAGCUGACACGAGGAGAGCUGAGUGCUGAGGAGGUGAGCCUGGUGUGUGAGAAGGUGCUGGAUGAGGCUGAUGGGGACCAUGAUGGGCGGCUGUCCCUGGAAGACUUCCAGAACAUGAUCCUGCGGGCACCAGACUUCCUCAGCACCUUCCACAUCCGUAUAUGAGGGUUCCGAGGAAGGAGAGACAAGCCAGAGGAAGGUGCAGUGACCCCUCAGUCCACUGCGGAAUCUGGUCUCCCUGGGCUCUGGGAAUAAAUAAACACGCAUCGCUGAAUCACA